UAUUAUUAUUCCGCGAACAUUGUGCGCGUACUGCGUAGAUCAUUAUUUCCUCUUAUUCGAUAUUUCAAUUUACCGAAUUUAUAUAUUAUAUUAUUAACCCGUGGUGUCCGUUAUCACUUAUCAUUUAGCAUGACCGAUGACAAGAAUAAUACAAUAUUAAUAUUACGGCUUAUCGUUGUCUAUCUUUUGCACUUCGCGUUGUAAGUCGUUCGCAGUCGUUUUUCGUCUCCGCCGGCAGUUAAAUAGUUUGAUAGUAUUAAUUAUAUAUUUACUCGACGGCAAACGGACACUUAGCCACCGAUCUACCGACAAUAUUAACAAUACCUACAUGGCUACAACAAUUUUACAUUUUUUUUCGUAAUUAUUUUUCGGUCUUGCGGACAGAACCCGACAACGCGACCAGCUGGAAGUCGUCAGUCGCGCCGAUCAUCCAAAGGGUCAUCCUUUGUGACGGCUUUGUCGGGCAUUCUAUCCGUUGUUAACAAGACCACCACCAGUCUCGUCAUCGUUAGAGGAUUUGACCGGAAAUCCACAAUACAAAUUAGCAUUGUAAAGCUAUCACAAAACAAAAAAUGGCCAAUACUAUUUAUGAAGAAUCUCUUUGUGUUGACAAGUCUUUCAUAUCCACUUCAACAUCUUAUAGAUUUAUACAUAAAACUAGUUCAAAAUUUUAUAAUGAUUCAUCUUUGAAGCCGAUUUUUUGUAAUCAUUCAUCAACAGAUCUUGGUGUUCGUAAACUUUCUUCAACUAUUCAUAAUUUAGACUAUGGUUUUUUUAAACUAAAAGACAGCUCGAAUGUAAAAGAUCCAGUUCCUAUUUGUGCCCCACUUUUAUCUUUAAAUCAAGAACCUUCAACAAAAUUGAGUAUAAUUUCGUGUUUUCGAAUGCAAAUGAAUCAAUCAAAUACAUAUUCUAAAUUCAAUUUUAAAUUUUCAAAAAGUAAAAAUCUUAAUUUGUAUAAAAGUAUUCAUCAUAAACGUAUUAAUUUAGAAGGUCAGAAAAAAGUAGAUUUUAUGUAUUAUUUAUCUAAGCGUUAUAAUUUUGUCCCUGUAACCGAGAAAAUAUUUUCAUUUAUGAACGGAAAAGACAUUUUGGCAAUGUCUAUGGUAUCUAAAGCUUGGAAUAGUGCAGUAAAAUAUUCACCAUUAGCUAAAAGAAAAAAGAAAUUGUAUGUAACAUUCAUGCGAUCAGAAAAAGAAAAUCAUGGACAUGUUGAACGAAGACGAUUCUGUUUACAGAAUCGAAGAGUCUUUGGUGAUAUUACUAAUAUCAUACGUUUUCCAUUAAAAUAAAAUGGAAAGUAUUGUUAAAUCAAUAUUUCAAUAAGGUUCCUCACAAGUUGUCACAGUAACCACAUGAACAAUUGUCAUUAGUAUGUAAUUCUUUCUAUUACCAGAAUUUCUUUUUUAUUACUCGAAAUAUGCACUUAAAUUCUUUGUAUAAAAUGUAUCAUUAUAUGCUAAUAUUGAAUAAUAUCAAUAUCAUAUUGUAUAAUAAUAUUUUACAGAUAUUAUAUAUUGUUUUAUUUUUAGUUAUCUGUAAAAUAAUUUCUUACACACAUGUAACUGUAUUUUUUGUUAUGUAUUUACUAAAAUUUGUUAAAAUAUUGCUCUCAUAUGUUUUUGAAAAUUCAAAAUUAUCUCUUUUACAACUUUUCCUAAUUAUCUCAUUGAUUUUGUUGUUUAUAGCAUUUGUUCAUAAAAUAACUGUAUUACUUGUUUAAUUUAGUUUUUUCUAAUCUCAUAAUUUGAUCAAUUGAAAAUUGAUUUAUGUUCAACUAAAUGUAAUUUUAUAUUUAUGAGUAAAAUAUCUAUAGUAAGUAAUUAAGUUUACCCCAUUCUUGUUUUCUCAGCAGAAUACAAUAAUUCAAAUAUUUAAGUACUAUUCUUGUACCUAUAUUAAAUUCUGUAAAAAAGUAUAUAAUAAUAAACAUCUUAUUUACUUUUCAA